CGUGUGUAUGUGUGUGUGUGUGGGCGCUACUAGACGCGCGCGCGAUGGUUGUUCCUCGACUGGCUCCGCCCUGCCGCUGCGCGCAGGGCCGCAAAGCCAGCGAGUGUGUGCGUGUGUGCGCGCGUGGUCCCUGCAGCCAUUUCGGCCCUGGCACGUUGGAGGGGGCUUGGGCCCGCCCCUCUCCGCGCCAGAUGGCGGCGGCGGCGGCCACUGCCGCGGCACUGCGGCGGCGCCUCGCGCGGGAGGCAGCGCGGCCGCUGGCGGCGCGGGCGGCACAGGCCUCUAGGGCGGCGUCCGGCUCCUCCGGCGGACUUCGGCAUCGGGCAUCCGAUCCCCCUCCCCAUCCCCAUCCCCUUCGAGACCCCCACCAAAUUACCACCCCAGUUGGGGCAUGCACUCCUCGAAGCCCGAAGGGAGCGGCCUAUCUCCCCCAUCCAGGGGGUCAGAUCGGCCAGUGGGGCCCAGGCCACGCCGCUGGGGAUGGGGGUCGGUGAAACGACACGCAGGACUCAACCCAGAAACGGUGAGCUACCUCAGGGACAGCGCCGCAGAGAGGGAGGUCUACCUGAUCGGCACCUCCCACGUCUCCAGGCGGAGCGCCGACGACGUCCGGGAUGCCAUUCACGCUGUCCAGCCCGACCGUGUGCUGGUGGAGCUCUGCCGUAAGCGCGCAAAGCGACUGCGCAGCGCUGGCAGCGACAACCCGGGCGCCGGCCUCGGCAAAAAGAUCCUGAGGGAUUUGCAGGGUCUUCUGCUGCGCAGCGGCGCGCGCCCGGGCCUCGGCGUGGAGGUGCUCAUGAAGCUGGGCUUUGCGGGGCUCUACGCCGUCCUGCGGCAGUACGGUCUGGUGCCCGGGGUGGAUUUCAGGGCCGCCCUGGAAGAGGCCGACAGGCGCGGGCUGCCGGUCUGCUAUGGCGACCGCGACAUCGACCAGACGCUCGGGCGCUUGAGGGAGGCCCUGUCGGAGGUGUCGUGGAGUCUGCUGGCCAGCCCGCCGCCACCGCCGCCAGAGCUGGAGCGUGUGCUAGGGGAGGAUAGCCUCGAGGGGCUCUCCUCCUUCGUGGAGAGGCUGAAGAAUCGAAGGCAGAUCGCGGCGUUCCGCGACUACCUGUGCGACGUGAUGCCAGGAGUGAUGGCGGUCAUGGUCCGACAGCGCGACGUGAGCAUGGCGGAGGAGCUGCUGGUCGAGUGCCCCCCUGGUCGCAUCGUCGCCGUGGUGGGCAUGGCGCACAUGGACGGCAUCGAGCAGGAGUGGCAGCGGUGCGGCGGCGAGGUCUUCCUGCACACGGACAAUUCCAUGAGGUUCUGACCCCUCGCCGGCAGCCGCUGCCACGGUCCGCAGGGCCCUGGCGAGCUCUCCGAGGGCCCGUGCCUCGGGCCUCGCCAGAGGUGCACCUGGGCCCAACGCGGCCCCCGUUUUCCAAGGGAGGCCUGAUCCGCUGGCCCCCAGGGCACCCCUCACGAGGCCCAGCGGAGCCCAGGGGCCCCACCCAAACCUUGCGCCAGGGCCACCCAAACCUCACAGCAUGGCGUGGCGUGGCGUAGUGAAGAAUUGCAUCACAAAGCUUUGCAACGCAAAGCAUGGCAUCAGUCUUAUUAAUGAUGGUACAAUUAGUAAUACAAAUCUGUUGGGGAAGAUCCCACCUCUAAAACAACUGUAUUGGGCAGGGACCCACCUGCUGUAUUCCUGUCCUGUUAGCGCUCUUUGUGUCCGAUGAUAAAAACGAGCUCCCCUACCACCUUGUCCGUUUUUGAACCAUCCACGUUCCCCUUUUAUUCUCUUCCGGCAUCGAAACUCAGGUGCCCUGUUGGCCCCCCCCCGUCUCUUCCCUUCCCCUCCCCGCCAGGCGUCGACCCCCCGACCUCUCCAGGGGCCCUCUGACCCGGGGCCUUGGGCGGAGCCCGGCCGCGGCGGCGAGGGCGCCCCGGGAGACGAAGAUCUCUCCCCCCCCCCUCCCCUGCGUCUCGCCUCCCUGCCCUCGCCCGCGCAGGCCGACUUCCGGGCGAGUGGCCCCGAGGUGCGGGGAGAGCCCGAGGAGAGCCCCCGGCUGGUAGGAUCAAUCUGCG